AUGAAGAUCUUCUGCCUGGCUGUGUCAGAAGUCAGAGAUAAACUACAGGACGUUCUGGGGGACAAGUGGACAAACGUCUCACUGGCAGUGACUGAAGUGGACGAUUUACUGUCUCCUUCACAAGCAGAGCCCGAGACCAGAGCUGGAUUCUUAAGGUAUUCAUGUGACAUCACUCUGGAUCCAAACACAGUAAACACACGUCUGUUAUUAUCUGAGGGGAACAGAAAAGCAACAUUUAUGAGAGAAGGUCAGUCUUAUUCUAGUCACUCAGACAGGUUCACUGCAAGGUGUCAGGUCCUGAGUAGAGAGAGUCUGACUGGACGUUGUUACUGGGAGGUGGAGUGGAGAGGAAGAGGAGGAGUUUAUGUAGGCGUCUCAUACAAGAAUAUCAUCAGAACAGGGAGCAUGGAUGAAUGUGUGUUUGGAUACAAUAAUAAAUCUUGGGCGUUACAUUGUCUCAACAGUUUUACAUUUCGUCACAACAAUGUCCAAACUCCCGUCUCUGGUCCUCAGUCCUCCAGAUUAGGAGUGUACCUGGAUCACAGAGCAGGUAUUCUGUCCUUCUACAGCGUCUCUGACACCAUGACUCUCCUCCACAGAGUCCAGACCACAUUCACUCAGCCUCUCUAUGCUGGACUUAGGUUGAAUUCUUUGGGAGCCACUGCUGAGUUCAGUAAACUCAAAUAGACAGAAGUGAGUUCAGGGACAUCUGGUUAAAGUCUGUGUUUUAAGUCUUAAACUUAUUUUGUUUCCAUCAUCGUCUCUGAGCAGACUUUUCUUCACCUGUCAAUUGUUAAAGAAUAUAUAUUCUAGCUUAGCACAGCCUAGUAUUGUUUGCCUAAAUAUUAUGUGUAAGAUGGAAAAACACUGAAUAAGAGUUGAAUACUUCGGCAGGGCAAUCUGGCGUCUGAGCUGAUCUAAAGAAAGAUAACAGUGAGACCCCCUCCUCCGCAUCCACACAUUCGGAGGGGAUCACAUACAAAGAGCUCUCUAUACUCUCAGAGAUAACGAAGGGUCCAGAUGUGGCCAUUAUUCUCCUUUUAGACACUCGAGGCCAGCCACUGACCUCGGACCUGACACACACACACAUGUCCUUCCUAUGACCCAACACACACACACCAUGGGAACAGGCCUUUCUCCCCCCCCCUUAUGUUUGGACAGCCUUCGGAGAAGACCCAGACCCCAUUCCCCAAACAAGGCGCCUUCCUGUCUUCCCCCACCUUUUCACAACAUGUGCACUCAUUGGCAGACGAGAAGAACCAAUGAAGGGACGGCAGAGGCGGAGCUGGCAACAAGAACCAAUGA